AUGAGUCCCAGUCCAAGAGUCGAGCACUAUGCAAGAGAAGGGGACGAGAGUACGAAUUUGAAGAGGAAAAGAGAAUUAGCGCUCCCUUCCCUUGUUGAUCUUGGUCUUCUUAGUUUCCCUCCUCAACAGCGCAGCUCCUUGGAUUCGGGAUCUGAAUUGCGUCCCAAUGUGUCAACAAGGUCGCAGCCGAACGCACCCAUCUUUAUACCUGGAAGGACAUUACCACCAUUAUAUACUUAUACCGAAUUGCGUUCAAAACGUCUCCCUGUGCCAGUACAAGACUGCAGCAUUCGUGACCCUGACCACGACCCUCGAUUGAAGCACAAACGGGCUGAUGAUGACCAAGGGGAUGAGGCUAUCUUAGGUGUACUUUUGGACAGAUCAAAAUCAGAUCCAGGGCAUGGAGUGAAUAUCAGUAUAAACAACGUAGUGAGGCAGGUCACCGAGGUGCUUUCCAAAUCAAACAUAUCCGAUCAACUACUCCGUUUAUCGGUCGAGGAAGCACAGUGCACUUUGGACUUCCUUCAGGAUCUUCUAGAUUUAUCGGGUCUAUCAAUGAUAUCCAAGCGCAUACUUCUCAAAACCUCACUUAAGUUGACGCGUAUUCACGAUUGCGUACCUCGGUGUCUCAUGCUUAGAGGCUUCAAAAAGACGGGCGAUUAUCCGUUUGCUCUAGGACAUUUCGGUGAGCUCUGGAGAGGAAAAGUUGAAGAAGUGGAGGUUGCUGUCAAACAAGCGAGGAUAUUCACAGGUGACAAUAAUAUCAAGAAAGUUCUGCGGCAAGUGAGGCGAGAGGCCAUCAUCUGGAGACAGUGUGAUCAUCCCAAUGUCCUGCCUUUCUACGGCAUUUAUCGUGAUUCUGCCCCUUCUACCUACUGUCUCGUGUCACCGUUCAUGGUCAACGGAUCUCUUCGUCAAUAUAUGAAUAAAACUGAUAAUCCUGAUCGACACAAACUCGAGGCUCUAGACAUUAUGCAUGGUAUGAACUACCUUCAUACACUGUCUAUUGUUCAUGGCGACCUCAAAGGGGAUAACAUAUUGAUCACUGAUGACGGUAGAGCAGUUAUCGCGGAUUUCGGUAUAUCUUUUGUGAUGGGCGUCACAACCUUUGCAACGUCGUCGUCGUCAUCACGCAAGGGUGGCACUGUAAAAUGGCAGGCACCAGAAGUCCUCAGUGGUAGUCCGAAUAGCUUUCCAGCUGAUGUAUAUUCACUUGGAUGUGUGUAUUUCGAGGUGUUUGAUGGGACGAUACCCUGGGGCAACCUCAGGGAAGGCGCCGUUAUCAAGAAUGUAUGCUUCGAAAAGAAGCAUCCUCCAUAUCCUAAGUUCUUGGUGCUGACCAGGCAUGCUGGGCUGUGGUGGGCCGUCAUGACGACAUGUUGGGCUUAUGAACCUCAAUAUCGACCGACUCUUCUAAGUAUCAUGGCGUCUCUCCAUGCGACAGAGAAUAUGCCCAUUACGGAGUCAAAAUGGGAUAAGUCUGUCCCAAAACGACUUCGUGAUCCUUUAGUCCAAGGGAAAUUAGUCAUUCCCCCGGGCCUCCCUCGGUUUUUCGGUCUUGAGGAUUCACCGCUGCCUGAAGUCCCGUCGUGACGCUUCGGCUUUCAAAUCAACUGGUUCA